AUGCCUCCGUACCUUGUUCAUCAGUUGUUUGGUGUGGUAGAUGUUUUUAAGAAAUUUACAGAUGCGAGGGGGAGAUUCAAAGAAUCAAUUGGCAGGGAGACGUGGGAUUUGUUAAGCUUGUACGAGGCUUCAUACUUAGGAGCAGAGGGUGAGGAUAUAUUAACGGAAGCCAUGGACUUUACAAAGCUCCAUCUUGGCCGAUCCUUACCACACCUAAGCCCUGAAGAAGGACGCCACGUUGAGAGAGCCUUGAGGCAUCCGAGGCACCUCAGAAUGGCCAGGCUGGAAGCCAGAGACUACAUCCAUGAAUACGAACAAUGUAGCGACCACACGCCAGCUCUGUUGACAUUGGCCAAGUUAGACUUCGACAUGGUUCAAUCGCUGCACCAAAAAGAGUUAACAGAGAUAUGCAGGUGGUGGAAAGAACUGGGGCUUGCUGAUAAACUUGGUUUUGCGAGAGACAGACCCUCAGAGUGCUUCCUGUGGACAGUGGGGACAUUUCCAGAGCCAUGCUAUUCUAAAUGCCGAAUUCAACUCAGCAAAACCAUCUGCAUAUUACUGGUUAUGGAUGAUAUCUUUGACUCUUAUGGCUCCUUGGAUGAACUUGUUCUUUUCACUGAAGCCAUCAGAAGGUGGGAUCUGGACGCGAUGGAAGGGCUGCCCGAGUAUAUGAAGAUAUGCUAUAUGGCAUUGUACAACACAACCAACGAAAUGGCCUACAGAGUUCAGAGAGACCAUGGCCUGACCGUCGUUGCACACCUGAAAAGAACUUGGAUAGACAUAAUUGAAGCAUUCUUAGAGGAAGCCAAGUGGUUCAGCAGGGGACACAUACCAAGUUUUGAAGAAUAUUUGGAGAAUGGUGUCACUUCUGCAGGAUCAUACAUGGCAAUGGUUCACGCAUUCUUCCUAAUAGGAGAUGAUCUCUCAAAGCAAAACAUUUCCACGAUGAUGAACCCGUAUCCAAGGCUCUUCACUGUGUCUGGCCAGAUUCUUCGCCUUUGGGAUGACUUGGGAACUUCAACGGAGGAACAAGAAAGAGGAGACAAUGCAUGCAGUAUCCAAUGCUACAUGAGAGAUAAUCCUCACUUAGAGGAAGACAAAGCGAGAAAAUACGUAAGAGAGCGAAUAGGGAAGCUGUGGUGGGAACUAAACAGCAUAGCUAUGGCAUCAAAGUCGCUGCCAUGGUCAACUGUGAAGGCUUCGCUUAACGUAGCAAGAUCUGCGCAGGUCAUUUAUGAGCAUGGAGACGACAGAAACGCGUAUAGCGUAGAUGAUUAUGUACAAGCAUUACUCUUCCGAUCUUUUUCAAACCACUAAUCCUACCUAAACCCUUAUUUGGGAAAAAUUAGAUAC